UUCUCUAGUUUGCGGCUAGCGCUCGGACAAACCAGUCGCGCGUGACGAGCAACUAACGAAAAAGUGCGAUAUCGUCCGAUAAUCAGAGGAUCCGAUCUUUGACCUAAAAAUUUUAAGCGUGGUUUUGGUCGGCCAUGUCCUCAAUAUGCCUUCCAAAUACCAACGAAAGUCACUGCGGGCUACCCGUUACACAAAAGAAGACUUAGAAACUGCUGUAAACAAAGUAAGAAAUAAAGAGCUUACUAAUUAUGCUGCUUCUCAAAUUUACGGCAUACCUACAUCGACACUCCACGACCGAGUACGAGGAAGAACGGGGAUACUAAGCCACACCUUAGGCAGACCACCCGCAAUUCCGAUGGAAAUGGAAGCUCGACUGGCUAAUUGUCUUCGUAUUCUUGAAAAAUGGGGAUGGGGCCUAUCGAAAGAAGAAGUUUUGGAUCUAACAUCAUCAUUCAUAAAGCAAAAUGGUCUACAAACUCCAUUCAAUAAUGAUAGACCGGGCGAUGCUUGGUUUCUUGAAUUUAGAAAGCGACAUAACUUGUCGGUGAAGACACCUCAACCGGUGGAAUAUCUGAGAAAACGUAUGACCGACCCAUUUAUAAUUUAUGAGUAUUUUAAUCUUUUAAAGAAUGAACUCACUGGAUUGGACUCAAAACGAAUAUGGAACCUCGACGAAUCGUCAAUUACUCUAGAUCCAACGAAGACGAAGGUUGUAGGGGGAGUCGGAUUACCCUGUACCAGGACGACAGCUGGAACAGGGAAAGAACAUGUCACAGUUUUAACCACCGUGAAUGCAGCAGGAGAAAAAUUAAAUCCCUUAAUUGUGUUUAAGGGAAAAAAUGUUUAUGAACAGUGGAUGGCAGAUAGAAACCCAGAACAUGAUUUCGAACUUUCGUACGCGGCUAGUAAAAAAGGAUGGAUGGAAAAAGACAUUUUUUUUAACUAUAUGGAAAAAGUAGUCAUUCCCAAUUUGGGCCAAGAACGUCCAGUACUUAUUAUUUACGAUGGACAUGUUUCUCACGUAGACGAGAAAGUCAUAACUUUAGCUGCGGCUCAUGAUGUGACAAUUUUAAAACUUCCCCCUCACACCUCUCAUCUUCUGCAGCCAUUAGAUUUAGCGGUUUUCAAAUCAUUUAAAAGCCUUUGGGAUAAAAAACUCGUCACAUGGCAACGUCAAAAUGUCGGCUCUAAAAUACGCAAACAAGUUUUUGCUGAGAUGUUUGCUGAAGCUUGGCAUGCAACAAAGUCAGAUGUGAUACGCAACGGUUUCAAAAAAGGUGGCAUUGAACCUUUCAAUCCUAAUGUCAUCCCAAAAGAAAAAUUUGAUCCAGCCGCAUAUAAAAGGUGGCAGACACAUAAUUCCAAACAGAAUGUAAUACAACCCAAAACUCUGAAGCAACUAUGCACAGACAAUAUCAACAGAUCUUUAUUUAGCACGUGUUUAGCCUCUGAAAAGCCAAAUAAUUGCACUGAAAGUUCUACGACACAAUCGAACCCGGACAAGAAAACCUUCGAAGAACUGCUGUUGGAGAACUUCAAACAAAAACCGAACAAUAAAACUAACAAACUCACAAAAGUUGCUAAAGGAGGAGAAGUAAUAACACGCACAUAUUUAAAUAAACAGAAAGAUAUGGAACUGAAGAUUGCACAGGAUAAAGCCACACAACAAUUGACAGCUGAUCAUCAAAUACCUGGAUCAUCAGGAACAACUAAGGUUUUGAACCGAAAAAGGAAGAUAGAAUCGGAUAAAAUAAAAGAUAACGCCCCCGUUGACGAAAAAGAAAAAAGUAACAAAAAACAAGGAAAAGUGAAAAGUAGUAAGAACAAUAACAAGAAUUCGAAAACGGACACUACCAAAAUAAAAACACCGUCAUUAAAAGAAGUGGAUGUGGAGAGCUCUAAACUUUUAGAUCUUGAGUUGGAUGCAAUAAUCCAAGAUUUAUCAUCUUUUGAUGACGGUAUCAUUGAGUAUCAGGAUUAUGAGACUAUACAUGAGCCUUUUGAUCAUGAAACUAAAAAACUGACUACGGAUACAACGUUAAAAAAAUAUAUUGAAAAAUUAAGACCAAAAAAGGAAAACAAAACGAACAGGACACCUAAUGUUGUUAAAAAUUUUGAAGUUGGGCAAGAAAUUGAAACUGAAGCUGAAGAGGUUAUUUUGGAUGAGACAACAGGAUUUUUACGAAGAGUAAUAGUUACCACGGCCUUAGUAGAGAAACCCAAAUCUUAUGAUUUGACAUUUGAUGGAUCAUUAUUUGAAUUUAACAAUCAUUCAGCAGGAAAUAAAGAAAACGUUUCCAAUACUAUUAUGAGCAACCAACAAGAGAUACAUUCAAAUCCCAUAAGGAUCAUGAAUAAGAAACGACAAAAGAAGAAACAAAAAUUAACAAAAAAAUCACGAAGUAGCUCAACAACUUCCGAAGAUAUAGUUAUGAGCAUUUACAGUGACAGUGACCUAGACGGUAUAGAAAUAAAAGAUGAUAUUGAAUCGAUUGAAGAUAAUGUAGAAGACGAUGAUGCUACAAUAAGAAAAAAAAACAAUGAAAGAGAAGAUGCAAUCUUUGCCGAGAUUAUGCGCUUAUGUGAAAACUUUACUGAAGAGCCCGAAAAUAAUGACUUAUCAAGAGAUAAUGAGAAGAAAAGAGAUGAUGUAGUAACAAUUGAUAAAAAAUAUGAGAAAACUCUAUUGGUUCAAAAAACUGGAAAUACUAAUGAGUUCAAAAAUGAAGAAAACGAUACUGAAGCGAAAGAAAUAAUCAACUACCAGGUCGGAGACACAGUACUCACUAGGUACUGCUUAAAAAAUAAUUGGAAAUAUUAUGUUGGAGUGGUAACUGAAAUUAAAUACAGGGAAACUGAAAAAAUAUAUGGAAUAACAUACUACAGGACCAUAAACAAAAACAAAAAUGUAAAAUUCGUGAAACCGAAAAAACGAUGCGAUUACGAUGACAUAUCUGUUGAAUUAAUUGUUAAAGAGAUAGAACUGAUUCAAAUCAAGGAACAUCCUGAAGAAUAUGUCUUGAAUAACGAUGAAGACUUAGUUUAUUUUUAAUAUUAUAAUAAUUAAAGCUGAUUAAUUCCAAAGACUUAAGAUCUCAUACGUAAGACUCCAAAGACUGUUUAGUGGUGGUAUAGUUUAUUAUAAUAAGUAGGUACGUAAAGCCUACGUAAGAUUUCAAACAUUGUUAGAUGGUUUAGUUUAUAUAAUAAUUAAAAAAGCCUACGUACGAUUCCAAAGAUUGUUUGAUGCUAUAGUUCAUAAUAAGUAAAUAAAGCCUGAUUGAUUUAUAA